GAAAAAAAGGAGGAAAAAAAAAAAAAAAAAAAAAAGAAAAAAAGAGGCCCUGCCGCCUCCCCUCCCGGUAAAACUCAACGGCAAUCGCAGACGUUCCCUCCCAGGAUCUGGUCGCAAGCGGCCCGUGCUACGCUUUGGUCGUGGUUAAUUUCCGCGUCUGCCACGAGGCAAGCAACCAAGUCUUUGCGCUGGUCUGUCGACGACCAUCUUGCUGAGUUAGAAGAAGGCUGCGAUCUCUACCCAUUCUGGCUAUUGCCGGGCGCCAUCGAGCGUCUCGCACAUCCGAUGAGGUUUGGAAGGUCGCUGGGUUUCUGGGCUGGCAGGAAUAUGAUCGUGGGUGCUGAGGAAUCCGCGAUUUUGGCCUUGAUCCCUGCAUCCUUAAGGGCGCUUGGCUUCUCGCAAUCUCAGAUCUGAAUUGCGUGAUUAUUCUGGCCUUUGACCUGCCUGUUUGGGCACACGAUUCUUUCCAGAGAACAGAUAGGUCGUUAAUAUGGGGCUCCCCGGGCCGAGAUAGACCAACGAACGACAGUACCUGUCCUGCCGGCUAUGAAAGCGACACACGUCAAAGGAGGAGCAGUACCAAGGGUUUGAUUGCCACUCCAAGAGAGCUCUUCUUUCAACGUCCAAUCUCUUUUUACUUUCUCUUACGGCCCUCCAUGCCAGUUACUCAACACUGCAGUCUCUAUCCCUUCGAACUUCGGUUACUCUCGAAACAAUUUGUUUCUUCAACCGCUGGAAUCGAAUCGCAACUCGAUAAAUGUCAUCGGGCUACGUGGUGUCAACUUGCACGGCUCGUUUUUCUUGUUUAUACCGGGCAAGAUACACUCCCGACGGAUGCAAUAUCUCCGGGGGCUGAGAUGAUGAUGAUGAUGAAAACUUGCCUCCCAGCCCGAACGACUAAAGCUAGCCAUGAUACAAAAGAGCCAGUUGAGAGUCUUGCUCUCGACAUUGGUUGAGGGGAUUCUCUCAGGUACUGAGCCGAUCCUUUGAAGGCGCAACUUCCCCUUACAUAUUCGAACUCGUUUCCCAUAGGGAGAUUUAAAACUGACAAAAAGGUCAGGCGCACAGGAGAGUGCAACCUUGCAGUAGUGCAUCUUCACCCUCCAUGGCCUGCAUCCUCUGAUCCAGUCUCACGUCACCAGGGAUUUGAGGGCCGGCAAGCUCCUCACCCUCAGGUUACCUCCUGUUUAUAUUGACUGUUUCCUCAGAAUAUGUUCAGUUCCACUUGAAAUGUGAGGCCUGCUUCAGUGUAGUCAGUCUCGCUGUCAGCGCAGGGAUUGCAGGCUCGGCUCUUCAUGACGAUGACCUCUACGCCCGCCACUGUGGGGCAUGACUGGUGGGCAAUGCAGCCGCUUUCUCUUUACGGAUUCUCUUCUCCGUCCGUUUAUGGAUCCGAAUGAACUCUCUCAGCACAAACUUAAAAGGGUCUUCCCUGAGAGUGGUUAGCCUCCCGAGUGGCAAUUCCGAGGAUAAAUUCUCUCUCGUCCCGUUUCCUUUCGGGGCGCAGCGAAGGUCAAAGGAUGUUAUCACAAGCCUCCGCUCAACGGCUUGUGUGGAGCAAAACUAAAUAUUCAACGUAGAAUGAUUCCUGCGUGAAGCGGCUGGAUCCGUUGAAAUAUAGAGGGCCGAGUGACGGCUCUUUCUCAACAUUGGCUGAGGAAUGAUGACGUCCACAAUAAGAACUGGCUAAGCAACUUCAGGCCGUACCUCACGGGCAUCACCUUCAGUUCGCGGAUUGCCGUCAUCGGUCCCAGCGCGGCUGGUCAACCAAUCAUCGUGUCUCCAGCCCAGGUCCAUGUCGUUCUCGGAAGUAAUUGGCCGGGAACCGCUGUCAACGGUCCAUUUUUCUGGGGCAUCUCCAAGGAGUUACGGCGACAAAUUAUCGCAUAGGAAAAUAUCUAAACAAGAGGAUAGACGCUCUCGAAAACGGGAGGCGUAGUAAAUACGUCACAUACAU